CUUUUGAUGUUCGGAAAGCAAUCAACAAUCCAUUGAUCCUCAAUUGAACCUCGACGCAACUCGUGGUCACUUGAGUCUCAUUUCGAAAAGGCUGCUUCUGUUCCCUUUGUUCACCAAGAUGCUUUCGAGGGCUGCCAGACCAGCUUUGAGGGCAGGAGCUGCGGCUUCUAGCCAAAGUGCUGCUCCACGAACAUACGCCACCCUUAGAGAAAUCGAGCAGCGUCUCAAGUCCAUCCGCAACAUCGAGAAGAUCACGAACACUAUGAAAGUUGUCGCUUCAACCAAAUUGAACCGCGCCCAACGUGCCAUGACCGAAUCACGACAAUACGGACAGACAUCCAACACCGUCUUCGAACAAGCCGAGACCAAGCCGCUUGAGGGAGAUGGGAAGAAGACCUUGAUCAUUGUGGCAAGCUCUGAUAAGGGUCUCUGUGGUGGUAUCCACUCUGGAUUGAGCAAGCGUGUCCGCAGAAUGCUUGCCGAGACACCAGAUGCCGACAUCGUUGUAUUGGGUGAGAAGUGCAAGGCGCAACUGGGUCGUUCAAGCAGCAGGAACAUUGUUCUGAGCUUCUCUGGCGUUGGAAAGGACAUCCCCACCUUCGCAGAUGCUCAAGCCAUCGCCGACCAGGUUUCUCUCCUACCUACCGACUAUGCCUCAAUCCAGAUUGUCUACAACAAAUUCAUCAAUGCCACCAGUUACGAGGCAACACCUAUCGAGGCGUUCUCAGAGGAAGCUAUUGCCAACUCUCCCAACUUUUCUGCCUUCGAGAUUGAUGAUGAGGCCUUGGCCAAUCUCCGUGAAUACGCAUUGUCCAACUCCCUUUUCUGGGCUCUUGCUGAAGGCCACGCCUGUGAGCAAUCUGCUCGCCGGAAUGCCAUGGAUAACGCUUCCAAGAACGCUGGAGACAUGAUCACCAAAUACCAAAUUCUGUUCAACCGAACUCGUCAAGCCGUUAUUACUGGUGAAUUGGUUGAGAUUAUCACGGGUGCCGCAGCGUCAGAAGAGUAAGGGAAUCUGUGCAUAUGUAGUC